AGCAGGAGAACCUCUGGAGGCGAUUCCGGAGAUUCCAGAUGUCCAGAACAUUAGGGAGUCCCCGGACCCAGCGGAAUCUAUUGAGUGAGACACUGCAGCAUGCGUGCGUGGUAUCGAAGACGCCCAACACGACGUCGAGCUCGCUAGUCUGCUGUCUACGUUCGUCGGGGACACACGUGCGAUAGCAGCGUCCAGCCUUGCUGGCCAAGUGAUCCAAGUCUAUCAGACAUAUCAGAGGUCAGCCUUGAUUGUACACGAACUGUUCUCCGCACAUUCAAGGCUUGAACAAGAAUAGCAAUCAAGAUUUUGAAUCCAUCUGCAGUAAUUACUAACCAAGAUGGGAGUGCAAGCAACAUCGAGCGUUAUCAGACUAGCGAUCGUGAUGGCAUCGUUACUCUGGUCAAGCUCAGCUCAGCAGUCCAGUCUCGAUGGACACAAUCCAGCAGAGCGCUGGACUUGGGGAAGACGCGAAGGAUCUUUCCAACCGUCAACUGAAUUCGGAAGAAGAGCAUCGCAACGGCAGUACCUGUCGCCAGUUCGGACCGCGCGUGUCGUAGGAGAACAAGAGCCCAGAUCAGAAGGAGCGACGUCGUUCAAAAGUAUUACAGCCACGACUUUCCCUUCGCCGCUACCUGCUUUCAAUCUCUUGCCCGUACACGAUCAAGAAAAGUCAAUCAAUCCCUCUAAACCACCAAUGCGGCCAUCUCCAGUGGACACCACACCCCUCAUUAACCAAAACUUUGAAAGUCAUUUCGAAGUCAUUGGACGCCAACUUGGAGCGCAAGAUCAAUUUCAAUCCCGCCCAGAACCAACAAUAAUUACGCCAGGAGAAUUCCCAUAUCCGUUCAAUGGCAAAGCAGUGGAUCUCGGGGAUGGCACGAGCGUCGGUGGACCAAUUCCAGACGACACACUGUCAAUCGACGUCAGCCCGGUGAGCAACGCGCACACAAAAGGACAAUUCAAACCACCGAAGGUUUCCGACGACCACGAUACACGGUACACGACACUCGACAAGCUAUUCGACAGUCGACUGCCCACCGAACUACCUGACCCUCGCUCACUAACCCACGACGUGCUCGGAGGACUACAUCCCGAUGAAGUUUUUUAUGCAGACAAAGACCUCGUCAUCAUUAAGGGCGGAGGAUUCCAUUCCGGCAACUCACAAAACCUUGGCGGAUUCAAUGAUUUGGAACGCGAGGCACAAAACCCUGUAAGACCAGCACCGGUUGGAAAUGAAUUGGGAGAAGCCAACGACCCUCGAGGUACAAACGUACGUCCAGAUGAGAAAUUUUCGAGGGUGCCACUGCCUCUGAGAUUUGUGAACGGCAACAUUCCAGUUAUCGUCAGUCCCCCCAGCAGCGGCCACUUUGGCACUCCAAAUCGGCAAUUCAGGCCACUUCAUCAUGCGUCCUUUAGGCCCCUAUCCCCUGAGACUGCAAGUCAAGUAAAAUACGCGACCGCAUCUUCACAACAGUCGGAGACGUUCAUAUAUCCUACGUCUUCUUUGCAAAAUCUAGAUGAGGACUACUUGGUGGCAGAACCUUCUGUUGUCUCUGAAUUGAAGGUUAUGCCUCCGGCAAAACGAUCAACAGAUAAAAACGUGAUAGCGUACCACUACCAAACCCGGGGCAGUGGAAGUAACAUGCACUCAAUAGUAAACUAUUCAAUUUUACGCCCUGAAAACCAAAACAACAAACAACAAGACCAGGGAGAAAACCAGCGUCAAAACCCCAACAUCAUCAGGAAAGAGCCAGUGAAGACCGUUACCAGGCCAGUUCAACCAAGUAACGGCGGACAAUCGACACCGAUAUCAGAGAUCGAAGGUGAAGACUUUUCAGUACCCGCCGGCGGACCUCUGCUCAACUUGGUCCCAGACAUUCAAACUCCCCGACAACCACCAACCCAUCAGCCCGCGAGGCCAAUUUUCACUCAACCGACCGUCUCCUUGGAAGGAGAUACGGACGUAAACUUCUUACCACCUCUGCCUCCAGUCAAUACACAAGCACAAUUUCUGGGUAAUCAGCAGGGCGCUGUCGUUCCGUCCGCAGUAUAUCCAAGUUCAAGUUCAAGAAAUGUACCCUUGACCUUUCCCGAGACACAACCAGCACGGCUAAUCAGCACGAGCAGGGGUCAGCCAAUUUCACUAGCGGACGACACGCGGGUCAACUUCGUCCAGCCUCUACCGGCCAUCAACCGCCAAGCGGAAGUAAUCGCGCACCACCCGAUCGUCAAACUCCCGACUGGUGAAUCGGACCCGCGAGUGACCAGACUGAAUCCGGUGCUAACACAACAGCUGGCACCGGGGCGGCCAACGGUGAGACGAACAAAUGCAUCGCCCGGCCAGAAGAGAUUCAUGGAGCCAAGGAGGAGGCAGAGCACACGACAGCGUCAGACCCCAGUACUGUAGUCGAGAGGAACAUGCUAGGAGACUUGAUCAGAGAUGUUGGCCAUGUCCCGAAUUUCAGUUGUGAAUAUUUCGUUAAACGUACAAAGUGGACUAAUUUAAUGAGUGUAAACAGUAGUUUGUUAUUAUGUGCUGGCUAGUGAUAGUUAGUCAAGCUGUACAAAUAGCUUUGUUUGUAGAUGUACCUAUAGAAUAUCUCUAGCAUGUUCGUCACUCUAGUAAGUUAUGCCGUUUGUUGUUAAUUAUAGACGAUUGCAAUAAUUGUGGUUGAGAAUAAAAAUGAACAGUAUUA